AUGACGGCCCGACAGUCGACGCCCACGUCAGAACACUCGUCCCAUUCGGACGGCAAUGUCCGCAAGAGGUGCGACGGUGCCAAUCCCUGUGGGCGAUGUCGCGCCGACAACGCCAUCUGCGUCUUCGGCGAGAGGAAGAAGGCCCACGACAAAGUCUACCCCAAAGGAUACGUGGAGAUGCUCGAGCAGCAACAAGCAUGGCUGGUCCAUGGCCUGCAAGAACUGUACCGACGAGCCAGCGACGGCGAGGGCUGGCCAGGGGAGAAGCUCAAGCCGGAGGCCAACGGGCAUCCGCUGACGCACGAUCUGCUCAGCCGACUGGGGUGCUUGGAUCAGAGCAAGGGAGAGCGCUUUGAAGAGAACACGGAGGUGAUGCAGCAGGAGCUGUGGAAACAGAAUGCCGGAUGCAUGCAGCGCCAGGAGUCGUCAGACGGCAGCUCAGAGAGCGCCCACUCGCCCAUCGUCAACACGACAUCGUCGUCUUCGUCGACGACGACAAGAUUCCCCGACGCCGUUGCGCGACAUCAGCUUCCUCCCACGCCGCCCAACUACAGCCCGUCGACCCGCGGGCAGCCUCUGUCGAUCAAGACGGAACCCACGACCACUAUGUCGUCCCUCAGCAACCCGGCCUACUCGGCUGCCAUGCCCGUUCAAGGGGUCGUCGACCCCGUCGCGCUCCAAGGGCCGCAGCCAUGGCCGCAGAACACCUUUAGCAGCCCGUUCGACGAGAUGGACCUGAUGAACACGGCCGACUACACGACGCUGUCGUUUGACGACCAGACCCAGACCAACUCGUCGCCGCUGUUCAACCGUCAGAUGCCGAUGAACUGCCUACCGUCGACGGGGUUUUUCGACCCCAACGACGAUUUCAACCAGUUUCUUAAUGCCAACACGGAGAUCACGUCGAUCUAA